CAUUUCCAAUCACUCUCACCCAGUCACAAAAAAAAAAAAACACAAAAAACAAAAAAGAAGAAAUGGCUUCCUCAACCAUGGCUCUGUCCUCCCCUGCCUUCGCCGGAAAGGCUGUGAAGCCCGCGGUAUCAGACGUCCUCGGAACCGGCCGUGUGACCAUGAGGAAGACUGUUGCCAAGCCAAAGGGUCCAUCAGGCAGCCCAUGGUACGGAUCUGACCGAGUCAAGUACUUGGGUCCGUUCUCAGGUGAGCCACCAAGCUACCUUACCGGAGAGUUCCCAGGUGACUAUGGAUGGGACACCGCCGGUUUAUCCGCUGAUCCAGAGACCUUCGCCAGGAACCGUGAGCUAGAAGUCAUCCACAGCAGAUGGGCCAUGCUCGGAGCCCUAGGCUGCGUUUUCCCUGAGCUUUUGGCUAGGAACGGAGUGAAGUUCGGAGAAGCUGUUUGGUUCAAGGCCGGUUCCCAGAUCUUCAGCGACGGAGGAUUGGACUACUUGGGCAACCCCAGCUUGGUCCACGCUCAGAGCAUCUUAGCCAUCUGGGCCACUCAGGUUAUCCUCAUGGGAGCUGUUGAAGGCUACAGAGUUGCCGGAGAUGGCCCCUUGGGAGAAGCCGAGGACUUGCUUUACCCAGGUGGCAGCUUCGACCCAUUGGGUCUUGCUACUGACCCCGAAGCUUUCGCAGAGUUGAAGGUGAAGGAGCUCAAGAACGGAAGGUUGGCUAUGUUCUCCAUGUUUGGAUUCUUCGUUCAAGCCAUCGUAACCGGAAAGGGACCAUUGGAGAACCUCGCCGACCAUUUGGCUGACCCAGUCAACAACAACGCAUGGGCCUUCGCCACCAACUUCGUCCCCGGAAAGUGAGCGAGAUAAGCUUGUUAUGUGAAUGAGAGCAGAGAAAGAGAGUUUGUUUGUGAUGUUUCCUAUGUAAAAAUUUGUGAAAUUUCCAUUGUCGUAUCUUUUGUAUGAUUUAUCAGAAAUCGAAGCUCUUUUUCUCUAUC